CGGUGUUUCAAAUAGGGCUUUUGGCUGGAUAGUUAUUUAUAGUUAAUUACGCAAAGGUUUAUUUUUGCUAUGAUGCUAGUUUUAAUUUUUGACAUAUUAUAAAUAAUAUCUGUAUUUUAGUUCAAAAUUUUAUCAAGGUUUUUGAAGGAGUGUUUCAGAGAAACGUGCUUUUCAACAUACGGUGAAAUGAGUUUUUAAGGAGUUUAUUGAAAUGAUAAACGAUGAAUUGAACUUCACAAGUUCCAGCAGUUCACAGUCUUCAAGAUCACUCACUGUUAGGUCUGAUGGUACAACUUGUAUUGAAGAGACUACCAAGCAUGUUGAAAUUAGAACACAGGUCUGUGAAGAAGAGGAAAAGAGUGUUUUAGAAGUACAUGGGGGCUCCAUAUCUGAAAGGUUAGCUGCAUUGCAACGAAGUGGGUCUGAGAACUGGAAGAAAAGACUUGGAGGAAAACCCCCACCGGCUGUGAAACCUGAUGGGCCAGUCAUGCGUAUGAAAGAAAAACCAACCAGUGAACGGCCUCGCAGCCUUUUAGAUAGAAUCAUGAUGCUUGGUGAAGCUCAGGAUCAAUGGCGGAAUCGAGUCGAAGACAAAGAUGCAAGCCAAUUCACUGUUGCUGGAAAAAUGGUACAAAUGCAAUAUUCUCCUCAUUCAAGUCCAGUUAUUAGUAGAAAAAAAUAUAGCCCCAAACCUGUUCAAGGUCGUAGUAAAACAACUAAUAUUCAGGAACUUUCAAGCUAUACCAGUCGAAGUACACCAUCUUCUCCUUAUCAUCUUAGCAAAAGCCAGUCUUCCUUGAUUACAUGCAGUAGUUCUUCUGAGCUUGAAAAAAUACAUAAAAUUACUAAAGUGCAUGUUCCUAAAGUAGAUGAUGAGAGUUUUACUUCCUUUUUUAAGUCUGUGAAAGAGAAAAUUUCAGCAAGCACCUUUGAAAUCUCUGAUGAAGUCUUCCAAAUUUUAUCAGCUGAAACACAUGAACUCUUGAGUCAAAGACGCGAAAGACUAAAAUUUCAGAGAAAACAUGCUGCAUCACGAAAUCCUUUGAAACUUUUAGCCUCUCGCUCUGAUAUAAAGCAAGAGUAUGAAGAAGUUUACCGAGGUGUUGCAGAAAGAGAACUUGAACGUAUGAAAAUUGAGAAAUUAGCAAAAAGUUCUAAUCUAGCGUUAUCAGCCUUAGCUGGGUUAGCUAGCACAGAAGAUUUUAAAUCAGUUGCUCUGAAGAAAAGUUCCAGCACUGAAACUGCUCCAGAAAAUUCCAUUUAUCUUAUACAAGUAAAAGGACGUAGAAAAGCUCAAGUUAGGUUAGUAGAGCCCAAAGGAUCAUCAUUGAAUCAUGGAGACAGUUAUGUCCUUGUUACACCAACUCAAGUUUAUUGCUGGCAUGGAGAACUGAGCAAUGUAAUUGAAAGAGUUAAGGCUGCCGAAGUUGCAAGCUUGGUCCAAAGCUCUAAAGAUUUGAGGUUUAAAGGCCAAAAUGAAAUUAUUAUCAUUGAAGAAGAAACCAAAUCACAUUCAGAGCAGCAACAAGAAUUUCUUAACACUCUGUCAAUUAAGUUGGAAGACAUCCGAUUAGCAGGUGCACCAGAUGAAGAUGAGUUGUAUGAAAUUGCUAUUGUUAAUACAAAUGCAGUGUAUAAACUUGGAGAAAAUGAACUAAUUCCAUGUGAUGAGUUAUGUGGUACUGUGCCAAAAAUUGAGAUGCUGAAGCCAGAUAUGAUAUAUGUUUUCGACUUCGGAGCAGAGAUGUAUAUCUGGUGUGGAAAGCUUGCACCUUCUGAUCUUCGAAAAUCUGCUGUCUCAUUAGCCAAAGAACUUUGGGAUCAAGGAUACAAUUACUCAGAAUGUGACAUUAAUCCAUUUAGUGCUUCCUUUGAUAGUAUAAUUAAAAACAAGGAUACUAAACGACCUUCAUGGGCAAUCUUUUUAAAAACGAGUCAACACCGAGAACCAGUUCUUUUUAAAGAAAAGUUUUUUGACUGGCCAAAUAUUCAUCCUCUUAUAGUUCAAAAAACAUAUAAUGAGAAUAGCACUAAGAAUACAGCUGCUACUGCCAGUAUCUCAGACCUCAAACCAUGUGAUUACAGGACAAUGCUUGAGAAGGAAGUGGAAGAACCUGAUACGAAAUUGGAAAACAGUCAUAUUGGUAGAGGUUUGGAAUAUCAUGAUGAGGCUGAACGUCGCCAUUUUAGGAUCAGUACAAUAUCUCAUAAGCACUGGCAUAUAUCCGAAUAUGGUUACAAAGUUUUACCAGAAGAAAGCUGGGGACAGUUCCACAGUUGUGAUACUUAUGUUGUGCGAUGGCAGUAUAUGAUAAGCAAUACAGGUAGGACUCUCAAAGGUGAUGCUUCAAGGCAUUCCUUUGUUGGUCGCAAACGCUGGGCAUACUUUUUCUGGCAAGGUGAGAAUUCAACUAUUACAGAGAAGGGUGCUUCAGCCUUAAUGACCAUUGAACUAGAUGAUGGAAAAGGACCUCAUGUUCGAGUCAUCAGUGGAAAGGAACCUCCUUGUUUCCUCAAUUUAUUUCAUGGUCAAAUGAUUGUAUACUAUGGGCGCCGAGAUGAAAUUUCAGAAAAGGAAACUGAGAAUUAUGAUGAACCUUGGAAAGCAUUCAUUCUUCGUGGGGAUAUGAAAACAGAAGCAGUACUUCAUGAAGUGAAACUUUCUAAAGGAAGCUUACGCAGUCGGACAUCUUUUGCAUUUGUUAAUCGUAAAACAGGAAAAAUAUUUAUAUGGCAUGGAUGUAAAUCAGCUACCCAUACAAGAGAAUACAUAUUACAUUCUGUGAAUGCUAUAGUUGAAAAAUGCCCUGCAGAGAUGAAAUUUCAUCCAGAUGCAAAACUUGAUGUUACUGAAGUUGAGGAAGGAUCAGAAGAUGAAGAGUUUUGGGAGUGGUUGAAUGGGAAAAAUGAUCCAUAUUUUUCACUUUUAAACAGUGAAUCCUCUUAUGAUUUUACUCCAAGAUUAUUUUUAAUAGAUAGUAUGUCUGGUAAUAUGUGUGCCAAAGAAAUAAUUUGUCCUUAUUUCACAAAAACACAUUCUUGUCCCUUUCCGCUUUUGCAGUCUGACUUAAAAAAUGCAUCACAGCCUGCUUUAUUUCUUUUGGAUAACCAUCAUGAAGUGUUUGUUUGGCAAGGCUGGCUGCCGAAUGAUGAUCAGGAAAGUGAAAAUCUUGCAACAGGUUCUGCAAAGCUAAGGUGGGAUAUAAAUCGUCGGUUGGUUAUGGAAACUGCUUUGCAGUAUUGUCAAGGAAAAAAUUCUGAGGAAGUACCCAAGGCUUUUGUUGUUAAUGCUGGGGCAGAGCCUCUGUGUUUCACAAACAUUUUCCCUCAGUGGCAAGAAUGGAGUAUUAAAGAUGUGACAACAAAUCAAGAAAACACUAAGAUGUUAUUUGUUCAAGAGGUUCUGUCUAAAUUGUCUCGAGAUAGAUAUAGCUUAAAAGAAUUGCAGCAGAAGCCUAGACCUGCUGGUGUUGAUCCUUUGCGUCUAGAAUCUUAUCUUACAGAUGAAGAAUUUGAGGAAGUUCUUGGAAUGAAGAAAGAUGAAUUCUAUAAUAUGCCAUCUUGGAAGCAGUCAGAACAUAAAAAAUCAAGUGGAUUAUUUUAGAUAUUUUAUACACAAAUAUUGUGCCAAUGUGUGCCUUUAAUAGCUAAUGACUAAUGAAUCAUGCUUUUUCAUUUGGUAAACAUUGCAACUCUGUUGUAUGGGUUGUAUUAGUUAAGCUGUCCAUUUAAAAACUGAGAUUUUAAUAUCUUAUUUAAAAAAUAGCUAACAUAUAAUUUGUAUAAUUAUUUUAGUCAUAUUCUUAUACAGAUAUAUUGUAAAAGAUAUGAUGAUGUGGAUAAAAUUGCAGAAAUCUGUUUUUAACUCAUUGUAUGAUGUGAAGUUUAUUUAAUACUCUAAUAUUUUAAUACUGUGUGGCUUAAGAAAUUAUUAAACUAUAUGUCAUAUAUUAUAUGCAAUUUAAAAUGGAAACGUGUAAAGACAUUGUCAUGAAUGAUAAAAUAUGAAGAGAGAAUUAUUCUUUUACAAACUGAAAGAAAGAGCUUAUUGAAAGCAGUUAAUCAUAUUUAACCUGCCCAUAUAUGUUUUAUACCUGAGUGAUACAUCCUCCGUUUCCAAUGUGGAUAUUAUUAUAAUAAGCGGUAUUGUACCUUAAUAAUGAAUAAUGAUGCCAUAUUUCAUUGUUUUAGCUGUAUAGGUUGUCCUUUUUAGAAGCAAAUAUAUGCUUUUCAGGUACCGUAGUUUAAUAACAGUUUGUGUAAACUUAACAGCUAACCAGUAUUGUGUACUACAUUUUUUGCUCAUUUUAUAAAUUUUUAGGUAUAAAUGUGUGUUUAUAUGAUUUUCAUAAAACUUAAGACUUUUAAGAGCAGUUUGUGUUAAGCAGUUUUUAUGCAAAGGGUUAAAAAAACAUUUUGAUAAUAGCUUAUAUUAUCAUGUUUUGAUAGUAGUUUAUUUUAUGUGUCUACAAUGUGAUAAUGCCUUUAAAAAUUUAGUUUGUGUAUAAAGUGUAAAAAAUGGUGCAACAAAUCACCCUGCAAAUGUUCUAGCGCUUUUUUAUGCAUAGUUUACAAAACUGGCCAGUACUAUGCUGUCUGAGAUUGCAACUGAAGUCUUUUUUUUUUUUAAUAAUUUUUUUUAACUUAUGAAAUUAAGUAUUAAUUCUAUUUUUAACUUUUUGUCAUGACAUCUCAUUUUCUGUUGAAUGCAUAAGUGUGAUACCGUUAUAUCUCCUGUUGUAUAUAUUUUUUCAUUUAUUUUUAGUCUGAUAAGCCUCAUGUUAUAUUAGCAGUUAUUAGAAAAGCUGUUUUUCCACCUGUAUUAUUGAAAUACCUAUUUAAGAAAUUAUAUUGUUCUUUUGUGAUUUUGGUAUAUUGUUGAAGAGAUCUUGUUAGACUUAAAGUCACAUUGCAUUUAUUUUUUACUAUAAAAUGAAUGUUACAUUCUAUGUUUUAAAUCAUGCAUUUUAUACUUUGGUCACAAAAACUUCUAAUUUUAAACUGUUUUAUGUUAUUCUUAAUAAAAUAAUGUGUAUGUUAUGAGUAUGUAUGUAAACUACAGACAAAAAGCUUAAUUCUUAAACUUAAAUGAAUUAACUUUAAAUUACAGUUAAAAAUUUUAAUUCAAGAUGUGAAAUUUUUUAUUUAAUAUGAAUUCUGAGAGAUGAGUGAAAUUAAUUUUUUUAAAUAUUCAUUGAAAAUUUUUAAUAUCGUAUAAAUAUCCUGAAAUUUAUGAUAUGAGAGAAAUUUGCAGGAAUCGGAAGACAAUUUUAAAAUUUACGUACCAAGUUUUAAAUAAGUUUGCUGAAUUUUUUUAUCGUGGCAGAAAAUAUGUGAAACAGUUAUUUUAUGAUUAAAUUUUCAUUUAUACAAAAUUUUAAUGUAAUGGAUAUUUUUAUUAAUGCUUGUAAUAAGCAAAAUAUUAAUAUCUAUCAUUUAUAAGAAUAUAAUCAACUCCUGUAUAACUGGAGAUGAAUUAAUAAAAUUGCUGAAUAAUUCAGCCUUGUUUAGAAAAAGAAAAAAAAAAGUUUGUUUAUUGUGGAACAAUGAAAAAAUUGCUACCACAGACCAUCAGAAUAAAGCAAAAUUUUUCUGGAUAAUGCCCCCCCCCUAAGUUGGGAAUUUGUUUAAUGCAAAGUAGCUUGUACUUUAAUAAAUAGUGUUAAAUUAUCUAUUUAAAUAAAUUGCUAAGUACAGUCAUUUAUCAUCAGUUUUCCAGUGACUUACAUAAAAAUAAAAGAGUAUGAAAACAUUGUUCUUCCACUUGUGAAUGUAGAUUUGCAGAGGCUGUUUGCACAUUUUUUAGAUGAUUUUAUUGUAUUUACAGAAAUGUUUUACCUAUUUUUGUUUUGUUUUGAUUUAAAUCUUCUAUUUGAUAACUGUAAUUCUUCCCUAUCAUUCUACACUGUGAUUUCCAAGAUAGUGAAGCUUUUUUUUUUUUUAGUAUCAGAAGAGGUAUUUUAUCUCAUUCCUCUUGAACAGCUUUCUAGCAUCCAAGGAGGUUUGUUGGUCGAUGUUUUGGUCCGCCGUCUUUUUAAAAGACCAAAAGUUUAAAAAUCCAUCUGUUAUACAUCAUGAGAUUUAGUAGGGAUAUGUGUGAAGGGUAUAGCUUUAAUACUUGUUUCAUUUUCUCCAGGAAAUUAACAGUGGAUUUUGGACGUGUGGCUACUUAAGUCUUAAAAUAUGGUUCAAAGAAUCUAAAGAAAGUUUUUCAAAGGGAUUUAUUAUUGUUGUUGGUUUUUCAUGCUUUCUUUAGAUUCUUUGAAUCAUGUUUUAAUUCUUUUUUCUCCCCUUUGAUCAUAAUAAAUAUAACUCUUUUUAUUGCAGUCAUUUAAAUACACCCAAGAUUCAUAUAUUGUGAUGACAUUUUUCUAUUUUUUCUCAGGUAUAUGUUUCAGAUAAAGAAUGCAGUGUGUUCUACGUUUGACACUAUGUGGUGGAGAAAGAGUUGCACAUUAUGUUUUUUUCCCUAUUUAAGAUUCAAACCAGCAUUAAUGACUUUACAGUUGACACUGAAUGUUUACAGUUGACACUGAGCAUUUUAAGGAUUUUGCAACGCUCCAUUGACUUAGAAAAUUUUCUUUUAAUAUUAGAAAUCUUAUCUCUGCAACAUUUGAAACAUUCCUUUUUUUCCUUGGAUAUAUGUUUGGAACAAUUUUUCUGCAUAAAGCAAAGCUUUGACGUAUUUUUCCUUUCUUGUUGUAAUUACUUAUUGUAACUUUUGAGAUUGAAAAAUCAUGGCUUUCAGAGCAUUUUUUGAUAACUAGAUGUGAAUAACUUUCUUUGGAAAGAGCAAAAAUAUAGCCUUCCUUCCAGUGUUUCUUUUAAAGCACCAUUUUGCAUGAAAGAUUAUUUAUAUCUUCAAAAAUAUAGUUGAAGUUAGAAAAAGAAUUACCAAGUAGGUGUUUUUUUAAUAGAAAAGCAAAAUCAUCUAAAAAGUGUGCAGACAGCUUCUGUAAUUUACAUAAAUAAAUAAAUUUAUUCUGCAAAGCUAACUGAGUAAAAUACAGGUAAAUUGUUAAUAGUAUUUUUCUGUUAAUUAUAAUAUGGGCUAUUCUUCUUUCCUGUGUGUUUUCUUUUAACUGUUUUUGAAUUGACUGUGAUUUUGUGUUACCUGUGGUCAUCCUCACUGUUAUUACCCUGGUUAAUCUGGAGUCUACUAAUUUAUUUGUUUCAAAUACUGUCAUGUUUUCUUUCUAAAAGUUAAAAGAAAAUUAAGAUAAGGAUAGAGAUGCUGCUUGAAAUAAUAACUAAAUUGUUUAUGAUGAACCAAUCUUUUAUACCUCAUAAACAACUAAUAUGUAAAAACGUAUAUAGUCAAUGAUACCAAAAUUAAUAAGUAAAACAGGGUAAAGUUGUUUAAAAAAAUUACCUAAAUUAAUUGGAAUGUAAAAGUCUAAGUUGUAAAGAUAUUAUAAUACUUUUUGCCAUUAAAAGACUUAAUUUAAUGGCAAAAUGAGGAAAAAGAAUAUUUUUAAAAUCAUAAAAGUAGUAAAUAUUAAGUACAAUUUAAGAAGUUACCUCUGUUCAGUGAAUUUCUCUGGUGCCGCCCAUUUACCAUGCUUUGCAAGAAGUCUGUCUGUGUAUCUAGUUCUGUCUUUUAGGAUUUCAAGUGCCUAUGUUUUAUUAACUAAAUACUCUGUUUAAAUUGGAAUGUUUAAUUGUCAUGCAUUUGUAACUUCCACUGUGCCAGCAUGUGUUUCUUGUAUUUUUCGGGUAUUAUAUUUAAAUGCUGAAUUUUGCUCAUAGGUAAUAAUUGUUUUAUAAAGUAUGUGUGAUGUUUAAAUAUACAUUAGUGCCUUUAAUUUUUUAACUUGUGUAUAGAAAAAGCUCAAAUACAUGUGAAAAUAUAUAUAUAUGUUUUAUAAUAAAGUAUUACAAUAUUAAGUUCUAUUUAUAGGGAGGGGAAAUAUAAUAGUUAAUUUCUCAUUAAAGUAUCUGCAUGACUGAGUUUUUAAAAUUAAGUACUCCAUUUAUGUAUUUUAUCCUAUUUAAAAUUUUCUUUGUUUUAAAAAUUGAGGAAUGAAUUCUUCCUAGGAGCCAAAUUUCCCACUAGUUUUAUAUGGGAAAGCUAGUGUAAUGUAAAGUAAGUACAACUGAAACAUUUUUAUAUGUGGAAAGGUAAUCUGAUUAUUUUGGUAUUGUAGUGUCUCAUGUGUUUCAUAUGUCAUGUAUAGCUAUUUAUUGAAUAGUAUACUUCAGUAUUUUAUUAUUAUUAUUAUUAUUUUAUUCUGUAGACCAAUACCCUCAAAAUUUGUUAUAUUUUAUUAAUGUGAAUUUCCGUAAAUUUUUAUUACAGUUUGUUUUAAAAUAUCCCUUAUUAAAUAUUUAUAAGGGUUUUACAAAUCAGUCAUGUAGAUAGUGUUUAUUUUGAGAAUUAGAAUUUUUGUACUUAUUAUUAUUAUGUGUGAGAGAAUGACGAAAAAUGUAUAGUUUUAUAUUGUUCAGUUGUUGAUGACAACUUAAAAACAAGUUAUGUGCAGAUCUAAACUUUUGUGAGUAACAAAGUUAGCUGAUUAACCUGCAAUAAUGCUAGCUUUUUUAUAAAAUAUAUAGUGUACAUUUAAAAUAAAGUGCAAUUAAUAGUCGCUGUAAAAAUUGUAUGUAUUAUUGCCUAAUAAAAACUUUUAAUAUGCUAUGCUU